UCCAAGCGUGUGGCUGCCAGAGGCCACUAAUUUUCCAUCAACCAAAACCACUAUCCCAAUCUACCAGCGCAGUUAUCAAGCAACCUACUCGAUAAUUUGAGAGAAGAAGCAAGCACUCGCCUCCAACUGGAAUGGCCUCCGCCACUCUCUCCACUGCCGCUUGCCCUUCUCAGCUGUGCUCCAGCAAAAAUGGAAUAUAUGCACCAUCGCAGGCUCUGCUCUACAAGCCAACAAAAGGGCUGGGCUCCGAGAAGGACCGGAGAAUGAAGAUUGCAUGUCAGGCCACAAGCAUUUCAGCUGAUAGGGUUCCAGACAUGGGAAAGAGGAAGCUCUUGAACCUUCUUCUUCUUGGAACCAUUUCAUUGCCAACGGCAGGGAUGUUGUUUCCCUAUGCCGCUUUCUUUGUCCCUCCCGGUGGGUCGGGUGGUGGCAGUGGAACUUAUGCUAAAGAUGCUCUUGGAAACGAUGUUUUGGUAGAUCAAUGGCUCCAAACUCAUGGACCUGGUGAUAGAACUCUCACUCAGGGAUUAAAGGGAGAUCCUACUUAUCUAGUUGUUGAGGCAGAUAGAUCUCUUGCAACAUAUGGCAUAAAUGCUGUGUGCACCCACCUUGGUUGUGUUGUCCCAUGGAAUUCGGCUGAGAACAAAUUCAUCUGUCCCUGCCACGGAUCCCAGUAUAACUACCAAGGCAAAGUUGUUAGAGGACCUGCUCCUUUGUCAUUGGCAUUGGCUCAUGCGGAUAUAGACGAUGGGAAGGUUUUAUUUGUGCCCUGGCUAGAAACUGAUUUCAGAACUGGUGAAGAUCCCUGGUGGUCUUGAAUUCUCUCUAUAAACUCUUCUUCAGCAAAGACAAACAGCAGGAACAAAUCUGAAUGUUUGAAUAUUCUGUCUUUGAAGUAAAAUAAAA